AAUUACAAAUAGCUAUGUCCAGUGCCUUUGAGGAAAUUACUUUUUAAGUAAAGCAUUGAUGAUCAUUUGUUAUAGGUGAGUCUAUGUGAUGUUUGACAAGCCUAGAUUUUAACAUAGUACUUUUUGUUUAGCUGUGAAGAAAAGACUGGUUCAACUUCAACAUUUAAACUCUGCAAAAAAAGACUAUUGUGAUUGGAGCAUUUCCCCACACAGAGAAGGUCUUCAUGAAAACACUUUAUACAGACAUUCAGGUUUGCUUCUAGUGAUUUUCUACAGCGUUUCACCUCUGUUGACCUUGGUUUGAAUCCCAUCUUAUAAAAAGCUGGAUGUGGAUUGGGUGUUGACCACAGUCCCAGGUAGAGGGUUGUUCUCCCACAUUCGUCAUCUUCUCUACACAGGUAUCUUCAGGCAUGUGGGUUACAGUGCAGGGCAUGAGGCAUUGUUGAGGAGUAUUUGUUUCAUAUCAGAAAUAUGUGGUCCUGUCCAGACAGCCAACCUGAAGCUUGUGUAGAUGAGAUUAUUAGAGCUGUUGAAAUAGUUCAAUCUUUAAAGGAGACCAACAGUACCUACCUUGUCAGUAAGGUGGACAGGGAAAAGUUUACCAUUCAAAUUUUGAACUGGACCUUAGUGGAAUGGCUGGAUGUUGUUGAGAUUGAGUUCAAGCAUGGUCAAGAGCAAGGAACAGAAGCCGAGUGUCUUUCUUUCUCAAGCGGUUUGUUUCCAACGUGGUUUCCACUCUGUUUCAUACUCAACUCGAUCUUCUGCAUUGUGCCGUUCUGGGACAAGCACUUCAAUAGAGAUCGUUUAGAGAGACUGAGGUUGGCAAUGCAGAUUACGUGUCAACUGAAAGGAAAAACGCAAGAGAUGAAGGAUCCCUUGGUUUGAGGUUUUCAAUCGUUUAUCACUAUUACUAUCUUCCAUCAAAUCCUCUUUUUGUUUUACUUGCAUUAUGAAUUGACUAUGCAAUAACAUUUGAAUGAAACAGAAUUGCACUCCGACAAGAUAAAGUUCAGGAUUAGUUUCAACAUGGAGGUAAAAAGAAAAAGAAAGCUCACUGUUUGUCCUUUUUUAAGGAAAUAUUUCCACCUUGAGAACUAUCAAAGUUGAAAAACAGCAUUUGAGUACCUCCAGAAAUCACAGUUACUUGAUUUGGUUGCACCAGUCAAACGAAAACUGUUUUGAAACAGCAAAAACUUUGACAAAGCCUUCAGAGCUAUUUUGAGACCCAAUUAUGAAAUGCUAUUUUGUGCACCUUUCCAACUUUAAGGUGUCUUCUGUCCCAAUUUGGUAAGAAUUAAAACCUAGGGCACCAAGUUGGUCCAAGCCAUUUUGAGUUGCGUUUGCAAGAUUCUGUUUCUUCAACUAGUUUAAGUUUAGCUAUAAAAACUGUAUUAUACUUUCUGUUUACUUGUAAAGAACUGAGAAUUGUGCCAAACUGAUGUUCAUAAUUGGUCAUCCUAAUGGCAUAAGUAUGUAAUGAUCGCACCUGAUGUUCCUAAUUGGUCAUCAUAAUGGCAUUAGUAUGUAAUGUUCCUAAUUGGUCAUCCUAAUGGCAUAAGUAUGUAAUGAUCGCACAAACUGAUGUUCCUAAUUGGUCAUCAUAAUGGCAUAAGUAUGUAAUGUUCCUAAUUGGUCAUCCUAAUGGCAUAAGUAUGUAAUGAUCGCACAAACUGAUGUUCCUAAUUGGUCAUCAUAAUGGCAUAAGUAUGUAAUGUUCCUAAUUGGUCAUCCUAAUGGCAUAAGUAUGUAAUGAUCGCACAAACUGAUGUUCCUAAUUGGUCAUCAUAAUGGCAUAAGUAUGUAAUGUUCCUAAUUG